GACAAGCUCAGGGGUUAGUAACAUAAAAGUAAGGCAUUGUAUUGCGUCUUAGUUUGAAACCACGAUGGAUCAUUUGUUAUAUCGGAAACCACUCUGAUUUCACAAUCAACUCUCGCACAAGAUGGCGAACCAAAUUCCACAUGAGCUCUUAGCCAAGUUAGCUGGUCAAAUCAUCCAGGACCCUGGCAUUCCAGUUGUAGCUCCAACUGUUUCAGCUUGGCAAGAACCAGCACAUCCGAUCGCGACAAUCCAGUCCGGCGAGUUGCGGCAACGCACUGACUUUGCCAUCAUCGGUUCUGGUAUCACUGGUACCAGCGUUGCUAAGACAUUCCUUGAGAAUGGACUAGCACGCGAUAAGACAGUCACCAUGUUUGAAGCCCGGUCCCUAACUACUGGGGCAACCAGUCGCAAUGGGGGGUUUCUCCUGAGCUAUGCUCCGCAGUUCUUCAAUCGUUAUGCGGAGGCCUUUGGAACCGAUGCUGCCAGACAAAUUGCCCUGUUCUGCGACCGCACGUUGGAAAGUAUCGUUGAUAUGGCCAAGGCUGAGGGUCUUGAUAGGGCUAGCCAGAUAAGAGACGUCACGACGAUCGCUAGCUUCGAAGAUGAGGAAGGUUUCGCAAACGUGACCGAGUCUAUUCGCAUGUACGAAGAGGCUAUUCCUGAGGCAAAGGGAAAAUAUACAAUCAUUAGCAAGGACACAGCAGAGAAGGAGUAUCAUCUCAAGAAGUCUAGUGGUGCUGUUGUCGUUCAUUCUCAGGUUUUCUGGCCAUACAGGCUAGUUACAAACCUUCUGCAGCGCCUUCUCCAACUUUAUCCAGAGCGUUUUGCAAUCGAGACCCACACGCCAGUAAUCUCAGUCACAAUUGAUGAGGCCGACAACGAAUACCCCUAUAUGUUGACAACUCCCAGAGGGACGGUGAGAGCUGCAAAGGUCUUCCACUGCACCAGUGGAUUCACAGGCCACCUCCUACCCAAGCUCAGGGGAGCGAUCUUCCCAUGCCGACUGUCCAUGACAACGCAGAAGCCCGGACCCCAGUGGGGGAAUCGCCCCAACUCAUGGCUCUUUCAUUCAAAGCGAUCAUAUGAUGCCAGUACCACCCUAGUCGAGCAAGGCCUAUACUGGAUGCAACAAAACGCAGAAACCGGCGAUCUGUUCGUUGGAGGCGACCUGCAGAGGCUGGACGAUUUUCUGUCCUCAGACGAUUCUCUCAUCAGUGCUGACUCUGUGAGAAAUCUUACUGACUUACUCCCUAAGAGGCUCUUCAAGGCAGGCUGGACGAAUCCUAUCACUAAUACUAAAAUGACCUCCGCCACUGCCUUUCAUAGAAUCUGGUCUGGAAUUCUCAGCAUCACAGCGGAUCAAGUCCCGAUUGUGGGGAGUGUGCCCACAAGUAUCAGUGGUAGAAAUGUUGAAGGGGGAGAGUGGAUUGCGGCUGGCUUCAAUGGAAACGGCAUGGCACAGUGUUGGUUAUGUGGUGAGGCUAUUGCUCGCAUGGCCUUGGGAGAGCCAAAGCCAGAGUGGCUCCCAGAUGUUUAUUUGAGUACUGAGAAGCGCCUGGGGGAUGAGGUGUCCAUGGGCCCAGAGGCAGGCCUGGCAUCCUUUUUCGCAAGGUAGUAGAGGAUGAUAGAUGGAUCUGGCAUGCAGGUGCCAG